AUGACUCUCCUGUCCUCCCAGACACCAUCCCUGGAGACAUCCUCAGCUGCCACCGAGAGCCCAGAACAAAGGAUGCUGGAGAAGAGGUCCAAGGUUAUUGAGGAACUGCUCCAGACAGAGCGGGACUAUAUCCGAGACCUGGAGAUGUGCGUGGAGAGGAUCAUGGUGCCUCUGCAGCAGGCACAGAUGCAGAACAUAGACUUUGAGGGUCUUUUUGGAAACAUCCACACGGUAAUUAGCUUCUCCAAACAGCUGCUGUCCACCUUGGAGGAUUCAGAUGCCAUCGGACCAGUGUUCCUGUCACAGCGUGCUGAGCUGGAGAGUGUCUACAGGGUUUAUUGCCAGAACCAUGAUGAGGCCAUUGCGCUGCUGGAAACCUAUGAGAAGGAUGAGAAGAUGCAGAAACUACUCUUGGACCUGUUGGAUAGCCUCAGGAGCCUGUACAGUGAGUGGGGCUGCACAAACUACAUUAACCUGGGUUCGUUCCUCAUCAAGCCAGUGCAAAGGGUGAUGCGGUACCCACUGCUGCUGAUGGAGCUGCUGAACGCCACCCCCGAGGCUCACCCUGACAAGGCACCGCUCACAGCCGCUGUCCUCGCGGCCAAAGAAAUCAACGUCAACAUCAACGAAUACAAGCGCCGGAAGGACCUGGUUCUAAAAUACCGGAAAGGGGAUGAGGAUAGCCUCAUGGAGAAGAUCUCCAAGCUUAACUUCCACUCUAUCAUCAAGAAAUCCAACCGUGUGAGCAGCCACCUCAAGCAUCUUACAGGCUUUGCGCCCCAGCUGAAGGAUGAAGCCUUUGAGGAGACAGAGAAAAAUUUCCGGAUGCAAGAGCGGCUGAUCAAGUCCUUCAUCCGAGACCUCUCCCUCUACCUGCAGCACGUCCGGGAGUCGGCCUGCAUGAAGGCGCUGGCAGCAGUGAGUAUGUGGGAUCUCUGCACGGAGAAGGGCAGUGGGGACUUGGACCAGUUCCAGAAAGUGAACCGGCUCAUCAGUGACCAGCUCUUCUCCAACUUCAAAGAGCGGACAGAGCGGCUGGGGGGGCGCCCCCCGAGGUGAACCUCGCCCCUGACCCAGCUGCUGAGCAUGUUUGCAGGGCCCCACAAGCUGGUGCAGAAACGCUUCGACAAGCUCCUUGACUUCCACAACUGCACAGAGCGAGCGGAAAAGCUGAAGGACAAGCGAACGCUGGAGGAGUUGCAGUCAGCCCGCAACAACUAUGAGGCCCUCAAUGCCCAGCUGCUGGAUGAGCUGCCCAAGUUCCUGCGCUUCGCCAAGGAGCUGUUUGCCAGCUGCGUGCGGGGCUAUGCCGAGGCUCACUGCGACUUUGUGCGCCUGGCCCUGGAGGAGCUGAGGCCCCUGUUAUCGCUGCUGAAGGUGUCCGGCAGGGAGGGGAACCUCAUUGCCGUCUUCCAGGAUGAGCACAGUCGAGUCCUCCAGCAGCUCCAAGCCUUCACCUUCUUCCCAGAGUCCCAGGCAGCGCCCAAGAAGCCUUUUGAAAGGAAAAGUGUGGAGCGGCAGUCUGCCCGGCGGCAGCCCCUUGUUGGCUUGCCCAGCUACCUCCUGCAGUCGGAUGACAUCCGAGCCACCCUCCUGGCCCGCUAUCCCCCAGACAGUCUCUUCCAGGCAGACCGCAAUUUCAAUGCUGCCCAAGACCUGGAUGUCUCGCUGCUGGAAGGAGACAUCGUGGGUGUCAUCAAGAAGAAGGAUCCCAUGGGCAGCCAGAAUCGCUGGCUCAUAGACAACGGGGUGACCAAGGGUUUUGUGUACAGCUCCUUUCUGAAGCCUUACAACCCGCGCCGCAGCCAGUCGGACGUCUCUGUGACCAGCCACUCUUCCAACGAGUCAGAGCACAGCAGCUCUUCUCCCCGCAGCAGCACCACACUGACCUUCAGUGGGACAGCCAUCACCUUCACUCAGAAACCCCUGCAGGACCCGGCCUCCCCAGCAGACCCGUAUCAGUCCCCGCAGCCCCCCUGUGAGACAGACUGCGCCUCUGUGCCCCAGCUUGGCUCUGGUGACAGGACAGCCCCGCUGGAGGCUGGUACCGUGAUGUCUCAGCGCCGCUACAGCCGCCCCGAGCUGAGCUGCAGCCCCGGCUCUCGCAACGGGCACCCCUCCAAAGCACAUCUUGGGCCUGCACCCUCGGUGGAGGACAGAGACUCUGGGCUGGAGAGCAGUGAGUCAGAGGGCAACCAGGUCUAUUACGCGCUCUACACCUUCAAAGGCCGAAACAGCAACGAGCUGAGCGUGUCAGCUAACCAGAGACUCAGGAUCCUGCAGUUUGAGGACAUCACAGGCAAUCGCGAGUGGUGGCUGGCCGAGGCGCACGGGAGGCAGGGCUACGUGCCCUCCAGUUACAUCCGGAAGACAGAGUACACGUGA